AUGCGACUGUAUUUGACUCCAUAUGCGAUCCUGGCGGUAUGCGUGGUCGGCUCAGACUACCCACAAGAUCCCUAUGCAACACUUGGCGUGUCCAAGACUGCUAAUAUAAAAGAGAUAAAGAGAGCAUACAAACAGCUGGCCAAAGAAUGGCAUCCAGACAAGAACACCGCUCCGGACGCGCAGGAGCGAUUUGUGGCGAUCAGUCGGGCGUACGAGCUACUCUCCGAUCCGCUGAAGAAAGAGCGAUUCGACAAAUUUGGGACCAUUGAUGACACUCCUCAGUCUUCGUCUUAUCACCAUCAGCAUGUGUUUUCUGGAUUUGAGCAUUUUAAUAUGGUUAGCAGAUGUGUUUCAGACGACUUAGCAGCAAAAAGUUAUUGUCAACCGUUUCUUCUCUACGCAUAUUCCAAUUACUGUCAGUUGUGCUUUCGCUUGCAAGCUCAGUGGAAAGCGAUCUCUGAGUAUUUGGGGCCUCUCGGUUAUGGCAUCGGUACUGUAAACGCGUUGACUGAUGGUAAUCUGCUGGAAAAGUUGCGUGUAUCGCGGCUUCCAGCCAUUGUUGCUAUCGUUGAAGGCAGAGUGACGCACUUUCGUUCGGAUAUGUUCCUGUUGAAUGAGAAGGACGUUCGCGUUUUUGCUCGUGAUGUAAUUCCGAGAUCGUUUAUGGGUUUUAUCAAUUCACGCGACGCGUUGUCGCGAUUCGUGAGUCAGUGGGAGCCCAGCAACAAGGUAUCAGUUAGUGAUAAGAUACCUUCAGCUGUGUUUACAUUGUGCUCUAUCUCAGUCGUUGUAUUGGGUACUGCGACAGAACCCCGUAUGAGAUACUUGCUUGCCGCAAUGAAGUAUUCACAUUUUGCUCGCUUUGCUUAUAUUCAUCUUUCAUCUCCAUUGAAAGAGAUUUCUUCCACGGAAUAUCUGGAUGAGUUGUGCCCCGUUUCUUCAAGGAAUCUUCGACGUAUUUGUGUCGUUUUACCUGUCAUGGAUUCUCGUGAAGAUGUGGUCUUUCUUAACAGUUUCCGAGUGUUUACUCGUCAGUACAAUAAAAAAUAUGCUCAACAAAAAGUGGUCUUGACAUAUAUUUAUGUGAAUAAGCAAUCCGAAUGGAUUAAACCAUUUUUAGAAAAGAAGAAUGGCGAAAGCGCAAAAGCUCGAGAUGUAUUAGUGCUUUGGCGCUUAGAGCAUGUGAAGGCGCGCUUCACGUGGCUUGAGGCAGCAUGGGGUGAUGACGUUGACCACUUUAAAAAUCUUCUAGAUGGUGUUAUUUCUCAAGCUAUUAAACUCGAGCAAACGGCUUCUGUUGGAAACUUGGUCAAUGAGUAUGCUCCUUCAUGGUGGACGCGAAUGUGCCGUGCCUUGGUGCGCAUGGUGCAGUCUGCUUGGUUCCAUCUAACAAAAGAGGAAGCGUAUCCGGUGCUAUCGGCUGUUGCAACGUUUUUUGUUAUUCUCAUCGUUGGUUAUGGAUUGAACUACAUGAACCAAGAGACUAGGCCAAAGAAAGAAUGCUUACAGCUUAUAACUUUUGCUUUCAAGGAAAAACCAAAGAAAAACACUUCCGAAGAAUGGCAUCCUGAAGAUCCACAGUCAAAAAAUGAGACUUAUACGAAGCUUAAUUCUCAAGUGAGAUUGCAACGGUACGCUUCUUUCUUUCAACUGUUGAUAUUCCACUUGUUCUAUGGAGACUCCUUUAUUAAGUUUAGUUCAGCUUACAAAGGGUACGUAUUUAUCAUUGAAUCUGCAUCUUUUAGUGCACUGUCGAUUAUGAGUCCACAUAUUCAUGAGCUACGUGCAGAGAGUUAUUUCGGUAUGAUACGUCUACUCAAACCUGGAUGCCGGUCGCUGAUUCUGUUGGUCGAUGAGCAGAGUAAAAAUAACCUGUUAAUGCAGUUUGCUCUAUACAUUCUUCCUCUAAAGAAAUUGAUUGUACCAUCUUCUUCAUUCUGGGUUGUCUUGGAUUCAGGACAGCAAAGAAUUCUGGUUUUUAGUAACAAAACCUUUUCGUUUGGUUACUUGAUGGUGGAGAAAAAUCUCCCUUGGUUCCGAAAGCUACUUGAGCACACACUUCCAUUAGGUGAUAGCUGCGGUAUUACAGAAGGGGAUUCACUCUAUGUAAAAUUAAAGUCGAUUAAUCCGCGACAAACUAUCGGUACGGUCCUGUCAUUGUGUGGCUGGAAGCUAUACUUUUCCAUAUACCAUCCUAUGCACAGGAUUGAGAAGAAGAAGCAUCAACCACAACAACACUUCUUGGGCUUUGAUAGUGAGGAUGAUAUCAGUUCUGAUUCGGAUAUGGUACGUCGCGGUGGUACUGUGAGUGAGGAGAACGUUCUGAAUGGUUUUCCAAACUGGUUGGAUCGACUGCUUGAGGGUUCUGUACGGCGCUAUUACAUACCAGAAUGGCCUGACAACCUUCGAUGA